AGGUGUGAACGCAAAUACGGGAUUGCACGUUUGUUGCUACAUCUUGUUCACAUACAGCCAUGUCUGGACGCGGCAAGGGCGGCAAGGUGAAGGGAAAGGCCAAGUCCCGGUCCUCCCGGGCCGGACUUCAGUUCCCUGUCGGUCGUAUCCAUCGUCUCUUGCGUAAGGGAAACUAUGCCGAGCGCGUCGGUGCCGGUGCCCCCGUGUACCUGGCUGCCGUCAUGGAGUACCUGGCCGCUGAGGUGCUCGAGCUGGCCGGCAACGCUGCGCGCGACAACAAGAAGACCAGGAUCAUCCCUCGCCACCUGCAGCUGGCCAUCCGCAACGACGAGGAGCUGAACAAGCUCCUGUCGGGCGUCACCAUCGCCCAGGGCGGUGUGCUGCCAAACAUCCAGGCGGUGCUCCUGCCCAAGAAGACCGAGAAGAAGUAAGCCUGCAUCUGGCUCAGUCGACUCGAACCCUGUAACAGGCCUUUUUAAAGGCCACA